AUGGAAACCCGAGUACGGUAUACAAUCUUCGAUGAUCUCACUUCAAGUUCAUCUCAGAAUACGUUGAUGCAUGACAAGUCUGAGAAAUGUGAUUCCAUGUUUGAAUUAACAAAGCCCCAAUAUACUAAAAAUAAAGAUCAAAAGAAGAAUAUGCGAACCAGGCUCGUACGAUGUUUGAGGAAAUUAGCACGUUUUAGGAUGAAAAGGGACACAUGGAUAGCCUUGGCAUUGAUCAAGUUGGUUGGCUGUAUAUUCAUUGUUGGCCUUGUUGGCGCAAGUAUGGCUACGUCAAAAUAUAUGUACGUCAAAGCUAAGGCUGAUCAUAAGGUUGAUU